UUGCCUUCAACUGACCAUGAAAUAUCUACCCACAUGGAGUAUAAAGGCUUAAGUAGAUAAUGUGGAGCCUACAUGCAUAUUUUCAGCAUAAUACAAAGAUGGGUGACAUAGUCACUGUUGCAUUUUGUCUUUUAUUGGCCCUUCCUUCAGCUUACCUCCAGGAACAUGCUGAACAUAGAGAAUUCCAAUACAAUUCAGUGGUUGAUCCCAGUACCGGGCGUUACAAUUUCGCUUACGAUACUGGAAACGAUAAUGACAUUGCACAUUCUUUGCAUAUGCAAUACCAAGAUGCUAAUGGAAUAGUCAGAGGAAGAUAUGGCUAUACAGAUCCUAGAGGUAAGCUGAGGAUGGUAGAAUACGAAGCUGGACCCAAUGGGUUCAUCGCAAGAGGCGAUGUAGGUCCUGAUCAAUUUCCUCACGACCAAGCACCAGCUCCUGGAUCCGACUCACAGCCUGUCCUGUCAUCAUUGACUGACACGUCUGCGAAUGAUUUUGAUCUGGAUCCAGCUCCUGUCCAAAUGGCUGGAUGGGAUCCAGCUGAAGAUCCAAUGAAUCAGGCACAACCUGGUGCAGACUAUUCAGCUCAAAGGUCUGGCGUCGAGUCAGAAAAUCCAACUGAGGAGAAUUCGGAUGGUAAUGAAUUAACUGAUCAAGGGCAAACUCAAUACGCAACAAUAAAUGUCACAAGUGAAAAUGCUUUGGAUAUUUAUGGGCCAGAACUUGGAUUCUACAAUGAUCGUUACCCGAGAAUAUCAUAUUCGUUGGGUAACGAUGUAUCUGCAGGUGACUCCAGCAAUUCAAACUACCAAGAUAAUCAGCAAGAAACGACAUCCAAUCCUAUUCAAGAGAACCCUGGUUUGAACAUUUACAACAUUGAUGUUGAUCCAGACCAGAUUCGGGAGGCUGCUGGAACACCUGUAAGAAGAUCAGUCAACACGACCCGUGCACCCAUCGUUCGACGGUCAGGAGAUACAGUUCGCUCAUCUUAUCGAUACUAUCCCAGACAAACUCAUGAUCAUGAUGCAGAAAUGAGAUCAAGAUGGGCCCAUGAUCACUAUAAUGAAAGAACAUAUCGCCUACGACAAACUCACGAUCACGAUGCUGAAAAAUACCGAUCCCGGCAAACUCAUGAUCAUGAUGCAGAAAAAUAUCGAGCUCGACAAACUCACGAUCACGAUGCAGAGAAAUAUCGCGCUCGGCAAACUCACGAUCACGAUGCUGAGCGAUACAGAUAUUACAGAUAUCCUGAUCAUACAGCCGAUCGUGCAGCUUACUAUCGAAGGGCGUAUGGUAGAUACAAUUAUCCAAGAAGAAUUUUUUAUAGAGACAGUCACAGCAUGGAGCCACAUGAGCAUUAUGAUAAUCCUGUUUAUCAAAAUUACCGUGAUCAUCAGCAUUCUGAUGUUCAUUUGUAUGGUAGAUAUCGAAAUUAUGACUAUCCUGCGACGGCUAAACCUCGUCAAUUGCAUUAUGUACCUGCUGAUAAAUAUCAUGACAAAGCAUAUUAUUGGACAUACUCUAUAAUAUUCUCUACGUUACUGGCGGGCACAUUAGCUGCGCCGAUGAUACAGUCUCUGAAUGUCAAUGAUGAUGGCACGUACCAGUUCUUUUACGAAACUGGUAAAGAAGCUGGGAAUCAUAAAAGGAGCGAGGCCAAACAAUCAGACGGCGUAGUUAUUGGAAAAUUCUCUUACGAAGACCCCAAUGGAGAAAUUCGGGAAGUCAACUACAGAGCAGAUGACUCAGGUUACACUGCAAACGGGGAUGUCAGCGUAGACGGUGCUCCUAAAGGUCAGUUCCCUGCUGUCCCAGAAGAAACGAAUGAAGCCCCAUUACUAUCUGCACCCCAAAACGGGAAUCCCGAGCCCCAAGCUUUUCCUGUUGAAGAAGCGAAACCAGAAGAAGUUGCACCAAAGUCUGAUGGUUCAUCUGGCGAAGAAAAACCCGAACCCCACCAUGAGGAAGAGUCAAAACAUGAAGAUCUCAAAGAACUACCUUCAGAGGAAAAUACAGCAGAUGAACCACCAGAAGCUUUUCCACCCGGAUUCUUUUUGGAAAAAUUCCAUGGGUUGAGAAGACUUCCAGAGCCGUCAAAGGAACCUGAACCAACCUCUAAAGAAGUAGCAAGCGAAAAGCCAAAAGAAGAACCUGCAUCAACAGAACAACCGAAACCAGCCGAACAAGAUUCAGAGCAACCUGGGCAAGUCGUUCCAACAGCACAUGAAGAUCCUUACAACGUAAACCUCAAAGCUGCACAUGAAAUGGAGCUUUUCAUGCACCUGCGGCCCUUUCAGAGUUUUUCACCUCAACAGAUGGAUACGUCAAUGUUUCGCCAGCCCGUGUAUGUAUUUUCUUACCAACACCCCGACUCUUACGGGUAUCAUUACUUCUUCUGAGUCCAUAAUGACAGCUGUUAUUCCAAAAACUCUUUGGUUGUAUUUUUAUUGCGAAUGUUAAUGCGGAAAAAGAGCAGUUUGAAAUCAAUGGGUUUUGGAAUUUCUACUUUGGUUCAUUCCCAAAAAAAAUCUGGUGGCCAGUUCAAUCAAAAAAUCGUGAGUGAGGAUUUUAAAAAAAAAUUCUGAGUUUUCUAUAUUCAUUUGGAACUAUAUUGCAAGGCACUUGAAACUUGGUAUUUUCUUUGGCAAAAAAUAACUUUUCUGGGUUUCUUAAAUUAUUGGUAAACAUUUUUACUUACAUUUGUAUGUAAAUGUUACAUGAAAUAAUGUAAGAUAAAAGAAUUGUUAUUUAGAUAAUAUUAAAAUAUAUUUUUUGGAAUUUAUUUACAAAUGGCUUAUAGUUAUUUUCAUUAUUCUGAACUUCAAUUCAAACUGGUUUUUUUACGAAUUUCAAGCAAAAAUAUUUUUAUUAUGUAUACUGAAAAAUAAAAUUUUUAUAAAGAAAGUAAUAUUUUAAAAAUGACUUAUUGAAAAUUGAAAUUCAGCAAUGUAUUCAUAAUAAACAGUUUCUAUUAUCUUCA